AUGAAGUCUCAGAUCGCGCCAGGCGAAGCUCACCUGUACAAAAUUUGCGUGCAGGUCCUCUCUGACUUUAACAAAGAGGAUAUCCUCGAUACUUAUGAACUCUCCUUGGACACUCGCACGACCUUGGUGAGAGACAAUCGACUUCUCAUCAACGGCAAACGUUUCUGCUUCACCGGCUUCGGCAAACAUGAAGACACGCUGAUCUGGGGCAGGGGCUUCGACCCGGCUUGCAUGAUUCACGAUUUCCAUCUCAUGAACCGGCUGGUCGCCAACUCCUUCCGAGCGUCCCACUACCCCUACGCCGACCGGCACGGUAUCUUCGUCAUCCACGAGACUCCCGCGGAAGGUCUCCACCUCGGCCUCAUCGCCGGCGUGUUGGGACUCGGAGAGCCUCCGACCUUUGCCCCAGAGUUAUGCAAUGAGAAGACGCAGGCGGCGCACGAGCAGGCCAUCUGA